AGCGUCAGGGCGGUGCGAAGAUGGCGGCGGCGGCGGCGGCGGCAGGGCCCCGGGUGGCUGAGGCGCCCAGCGCCUUGCUACUCGUGGUGGGAGGCGAAUGCGGGUGCCCGGGGCUGCUGGCCUAUGUAUUGGAGGAGCUCGAACGAGGCUUUGGGACCCGCGCGAUUGGGCAACACGGGCGACGACUACGCUUCCCGCCCGCCGGGCCUGCCCAGAGGAGGGCGGGUCGCCUCGAUUCCCCGGGUCUUAGCAGCCUGGAUGUCCUGGAGGGAGGAGCAGGGAUGAGGAGGCCGGGCCUGGAGCCCCAGGGCCCACUUUCCGUGGCACCACAAGUUGCUGCUAAUUGGAGUGUGGGCGAGUGCGGCCUACCCAAGAGAUUUGGCACCUGGGGAGGCAUCCGGUCCUGGGACAUUGACCCUGGCAUCUGCAGCCUGGAUGAGCAGCUCAAGGUCUUCGUGUCCCGGCACUCAGCCACCUUCUCCAGCAUCGUGAAAGGUCAGCGUAGCCUGCACCACCGCGGAGAUACCCUGGAUACCCUGGUCCUCCUGAACCCAUCAGACAAGUCCCUGUGUGACGAGCUCCGAAACCUUCUGUUGGAUCCUGCCCCUCAUAAGUUACUGGUGCUGUCCGGGCCCUGCCUGGAGGAAACAGGGGAGCUGCUGCUCCAGACAGGGGGCUUCUCCCCCUGCCACUUCCUGCAGGUCCUGGGGGACAAAGAGAUCCGGGAUCUCCUGGCUUCUGCAUCCCCACCUGCUGACCCACCCAAGCUCACCAUCACCUGCCCAACUUUCGGUGACUGGGCCCAGCUGGCACCUGAAGUACCUGGCCUCCAGGACAGGCUCCAGCUGCGGCUGAACCCGCCAGUGCAGCGGCCAGCCUCUGAGGGCUUGCGUGAGUUCCUGGAGUAUGUGGCCGAGUCGCUGGAACUGCCGUCCCCCUUCGAGCUGCUUGAGCCACCAGCAUCCGUGGGCUUCCUCAGGCUUGCCCGGCCCUGCUGCUACAUCUUCCCUGGCGGCCUUGGAGAUGCCGCCUUCUUUGCUGUCAAUGGUUUCACCAUGCUGGUCAACGGUGGCUCGAACCCCAAGUCGACCUUCUGGAAGCUGGUGCGGCACCUGGACCGGGUGGACGCUGUGCUUGUGACGCAUGCUGGCGCCGACAGCCUCCCAGGCCUCAACAGUCUGCUGCAGCGCAAGCUCGCCGAGCGCGAGGAGGUCGCAGCCGCUGGGGGCUCUGAGGAUGACAGGCUGCGCAGGCUCGUCUCACCCAGCCUGGGCGUCGUCUUCCUCAAUGCCCAGGAGGCUGUCUCGCGUCUGGUGCGUGGCGAGGACGAGGCAGAGCUGACCCGGAGCCUCCUGGCUCGGCUGGGCAUUGCGCCCCUGCCGCUGAGCCGAGGGCUGCUGCCGGCCGAGCCCACGGUGCUCUUCCAGAAGAUGGGUGUCGGCCGGCUGGACAUGUACGUGUUGCACCCGCCCUCGGCCGGUGCCGAGGGCACGCUGGCCUCCGUGUGUGCCCUGCUGGUGUGGCACCCUGCGGGCCCUACUGAGAAGGUAGUGCGUGUGCUGUUUCCUGGCUGCACACCACCUGCCCGCCUCCUGGACGGCCUGGUCCGCCUGCAGCACUUGGGGUUCUUGCGGGAGCCCGUGGUGACCCCCCAAGAUCUGGCAGGGCCUAAGCGUGCCGAGAGCAAGGAAAGCGUGGGCUCCCGGAACAGCUCGAGGAGAGAGGGCCGGACUACGGUGCCUGCCAGGCCUGCCCAGGAGCGCCCUGUGGUGGCCCGGAAGGAGCCGUCAAGGGCCGAGGCCCCUCGCAGGGCUGAGAAAGAAGCUAGGCCCCCUCGAGAGGUGAAGAAGGACCCCAAGUCGAGUAUGCCUCAGACCCAGCCCCGGGAGGUGCGCCGGGCAGCCUCCGCUGUGGUUAGUGGCAAGAAGCCAGGUGCCCAGGCAGCCCCCAAGCCCCGAAGAGCACCCACCACUCCCCGCCAGGUGGUCCCAUCGGUGGAGAAUGGGCCCCGUAGCCUCCCCAGCUUCCGGUGCAAAGAAGCCAGCCCCCCCAUGGAGGCCUGCAGCUCUCCAGCCCCCCAGCUGGUGGCCACACCCAGCCAGGGGAGCAGCCUGGAGCUGGGGUUAAGCCCCGCCAGGGAGGACAGUGACAGCAUGGAGGAGAAGAAGCGGGAGCAGCUGGUGUCCACUGGCACUCCCCCGCCGCACAGCACCCCCUCGCCUCCUGGAGCCUGCCAAGGCUUGGCCGAGGGCAGCAGGCAGCUGUCACUGAGCCCGCUGAGGGGUGGGGAGCCCGGGCCUGAUGUCUCCCCCACAGUGACCACACCCUCCCUGCCCGCGGAGGUGGGCUCCCCGCAUUCCACAGAGGUGGAUGAGUCCCUGUCCGUCUCCUUUGAGCAGGUGCUGCCCCCUCCGCCUGCCCCCAUGGGUGAGGCUGGGCUGAGCCUCCCACUUCGAGGCCCCCGGGUGCGGCGCUCUGCCUCCCCGCACGAUGUGGACCUGUGCCUGGUGUCGCCCUGUGAGUUUGAACACCGCAAGGCUGUGCCCCUGGCGCCAGCUGCUGCGUCCCCUGGCAGCUCCAAUGACAGCAGCGCCCGGUCCCAGGAGCAGGCGAGCGCUCUGGGGGCUGAGGAGACCCCGCCCACAUCUGUCAGCGAGUCCCUGCCCACGCUGUCUGACUCAGAUCCGCCGCCUGCUGCCCCUGGCACUGCAGACUCAGAUGAGGACACAGAGGGCUUCGGGGUCCCUCGCGGCCACCCGCUGCCCGACCCUCUCAAGGUGCCCCCACCACUGCCCACUCCGCCCAGCAUCUGCAUGGUCGACCCCGAGCUGCUGCCCCCAGGACAGGCCCGGCUGACAGAGGGCCUCAGCCGUACCCGGAAGUCCCUGGCCCGCCCCACUGCCAGCACUGCUGCCCCCAAAGCCACUCCAGUGACCACUGCCAAGACCAAGGGGCUGGCUGGUGGGGAGCGGACCAGUCGGCCACUCAGCGCCCGAAGUGAGCCCAGUGACAAGGGAGGUCGGGCACCCCUGUCCAGAAAGUCCUCAGUCCCCAAGACGACCACUCGGGUCCCCUCUGGGCCAGCUGGCAGCCGGCCAGGUGGGUUGGAGGCUUCACCUGGCUCCCCUGUCUACCUUGACCUGGCCUACCUGCCCAGUGGGGGCAGCGCCUGCCUGGUGGAUCAGGAGUUCUUCCGGCGGGUGCGCGCGCUCUGCUACGUCAUCAGCGGCCAGGGCCAGCACAAGGAAGAGGGCAUGCGGGCUGUCCUGGAUGCAUUGCUGGCUGGCAAGCAACAGUGGGACCGUGACCUCCAGGUGACCCUGAUCCCCACCUUCGACUCAAUGGCCAUGCAUGAGUGGUACGAAGAGACGCACGCCCAGCACCAGGCACUGGGCGUCACGGUGCUGGGCAGUAACAGUACGGUGUCCAUGCAGGACGAGGCUUUCCCUGCCUGCAAAGUGGAGUUCUAGUCCUGCCCCACCCUACCCCCACCCCUCAGCCCAAAUCUGCCACUGGCGUGAGAGUCACUGCAUCAAAAAUAAACCAAGUGCUCCACUGA